CCCGUUUUACAGGUGCCCCCAGAGCUCCAGAAACACCCCCCCCCAGACACCCCUCAGCAUGUCAGAGUCAGAGGAGAAUGGGGAGGGACCCCCCAAGGAGCCGCCGUCCUUCGCCGAAGCCACCGGCCAACCCCCGGGGUGGCCAAUAGGGGAAGGCAGCGGGGGUCCGGCGGGGGGCGGGACCCCCCCCGGUCAGCGGCACCGCCGCCCCCCCCACCCCAAACACAAGGGCCAGGGCUCCAGCGGGGUCCACCGCUCCCCCCGCGCCCUCUUCUGCCUGCGCCUCAACAACCCCAUCCGCCGGGCCGCCAUCAGCAUCGUCGAGUGGAAGCCCUUUGACAUCCUCAUCCUCGCCACCAUCUUCGCCAACUGUGUGGCCCUGGGGGUUUAUAUCCCCUUCCCCGAGGACGACUCCAACGCCGCCAACCACAACCUGGAGCAGGUGGAGUACGUGUUCCUCAUCAUCUUCACGGUGGAGACCUUCCUGAAGAUCAUCGCCUACGGGCUGGUCCUGCACCCCAGCGCCUACAUCCGCAACGGCUGGAACCUGCUCGACUUCGUCAUCGUCGUCGUGGGGCUCUUCAGCGUCAUCCUGGAGCAGGUGUCCCACAAACCCGGCGAGGCCCAUCACAUGAGCGGCAAACCGGGCGGCUUCGACGUCAAAGCCCUGCGCGCCUUCCGCGUCCUCCGGCCCCUCCGCCUCGUCUCCGGUGUCCCCAGUCUCCACAUCGUGCUCAACUCCAUCAUGAAGGCGAUGGUGCCGCUGCUGCACAUCGCGCUGCUCGUGCUCUUCGUCAUCAUCAUCUACGCCAUCAUCGGCCUCGAGCUCUUCAUCGGCCGCAUGCACAAGACCUGCUUCUUCAUCGGAUCCGACCUGGAGUCAGAGGACGACCCCUCCCCGUGCGCGUUUUCGGGCCACGGCCGCGCCUGCCUGCAGAACAACACCGAGUGCCGGGGCCGCUGGGAGGGGCCCAACGGCGGCAUCACCAACUUCGACAACUUCUUCUUCGCCAUGCUCACCGUCUUCCAGUGCAUCACCAUGGAGGGCUGGACCGACGUCCUCUACUGGAUGCAGGACGCCAUGGGCCACGAGUUACCCUGGAUUUACUUCGUCAGCCUCGUCAUCUUCGGCUCCUUCUUCGUCCUCAAUUUGGUGCUGGGGGUGCUGAGCGGGGAGUUCUCCAAGGAGCGUGAAAAGGCCAAAGCCCGCGGAGAUUUCCAGAAGCUGCGGGAGAAGCAGCAGCUGGAGGAAGAUCUGCGGGGCUACAUGGACUGGAUCACCCAAGCCGAGGACCUGGAGGGUGACGACGAGCACGAGAAGCACCGGCUGACGGCCGAGGAGCUGAUGGGGAAGCGCAAACCGCGGCUGAAGUGGUUGCGCCACACCAGUCACUCCACUGACACCCACGCCAGUCUUCGCAGCGAGACAACGUCGGUGAACACGGAGACGGCGGGUGAGGAGGAGGCACAACCGGGCGCCUGCGACCGCUGCCUGGGCAAAAUCACAAAGACGAAAUUCUGGCGCCGCCUUCGCCGCCUGAACCGCCUGUGGCGGCGCCGGUGCCGCGCAGCCGUCAAAUCCAUUUUCUUCUACUGGACCGUCUUACUUUUGGUGUUCCUCAACACCCUCACCAUCGCCUCGGAGCACCACGGCCAACCCCCCUGGCUCACCCAAACUCAAGCGUACGCCAACAAGGCGCUGCUGUCGCUGUUCGCCGCCGAGAUGCUGCUGAAACUCUACGCCCUGGGCGCCGGGUGUUACUUCGCCAGCUUUUUCAACCGCUUCGACUGUUUCGUGGUGUGCGGGGGGGUGUUGGAGACGGCGCUGGUGGAGCGGGGGGCCAUGGAGCCCCUGGGCAUCUCCGUGCUGCGCUGCGUCCGCCUGCUGCGCGUCUUCAAAGUCACCCGGCACUGGGCGUCGCUGAGCAACCUGGUGGGCUCACUGCUGAACUCCAUGAAGUCCAUCGCCUCCCUCCUCCUCCUCCUCUUCCUCUUCAUCAUCAUCUUCGCCCUCCUGGGGAUGCAGCUUUUCGGGGGACGCUUCAGUUUCGACGAGACCCAGACCAAGCGAAGCACCUUCGAUACCUUCCCUCAGGCCCUGCUCACCGUCUUCCAGAUCCUGACGGGGGAGGACUGGAACGCGGUGAUGUAUGAUGGGAUCAUGGCGUACGGCGGCCCCGUCUUCCCCGGGAUGCUCGUCUGCAUCUACUUCGUCAUCCUCUUCAUCUGCGGGAACUACAUCCUCCUCAAUGUCUUCUUGGCCAUCGCCGUCGACAACUUGGCCGAUGGUGACAACAUCAACUCGGGGGCUGAGAAGAAGGACAAAGCUGGAGAGGUGGAAGCCAGCGCAGGGAGCCAGGACGUGAGUGUGAAGGUGGAGGGGGAGCAGCCAGAGGAGGAGGAGGAGGAGGAGGAAGAGGAGGAGGAAGGUGACGAGGAGGCGGGGGGAGAGCGGGACAGUCUGGGGGGGCCCCGGCUGGACCCCCCCGAGGAGCCCCCCAAGAGCAAAGUGGUGCCGAUCCCCGAGGGCAGCGCCUUCUUCCUGCUGGGCAGCACCAACCCGCUGCGGGUGCGCUGCCACGCCCUGAUCCACCACCACGUCUUCACCAACCUCAUCCUCGUCUUCAUCAUCCUCAGCAGCGUCUCGCUGGCCGCCGAGGACCCCGUCCGCACCCACUCCCCCCGCAACCACAUUUUGGGCUACUUCGAUUACGCCUUCACCUCCAUCUUCACUGUUGAGAUCCUGCUCAAGAUGACGGCGUUUGGCGCCUUCCUGCACAAAGGCUCCUUCUGCCGCAACUGGUUCAACCUCCUGGACCUGCUGGUUGUCGGCGUGUCCCUCAUCUCCUUCGGCAUCCACUCCAGCGCCAUCUCGGUGGUGAAGAUCCUGCGGGUCCUGCGCGUCCUGCGGCCCCUGCGAGCCAUCAACCGCGCCAAGGGCCUCAAGCAUGUGGUCCAGUGCGUCUUCGUCGCCAUCCGCACCAUCGGCAACAUCAUGAUCGUGACCACGCUGCUGCAGUUCAUGUUCGCCUGUAUCGGGGUGCAGCUCUUCAAGGGCAAGUUCUACAGCUGCACCGAUGAGGCCAAACACACACCAGGGGAGUGCAAGGGCACGUUCCUGGUGUACAAGGACGGGGACGUCACCCACCCCUCGGUGCGCCAGCGCCUGUGGCACAACAGCGACUUCAACUUCGACAACGUCCUGGCCGGCAUGAUGGCGCUUUUCACCGUCUCCACCUUCGAGGGGUGGCCCGCGCUGCUGUACAAAGCCAUCGACGCCAACGCCGAGGACCAGGGGCCCAUCUACAACUACCGGGUGGAGAUCUCCAUCUUCUUCAUCGUCUACAUCAUCGUCAUCGCCUUCUUCAUGAUGAACAUCUUCGUGGGCUUCGUCAUCAUCACCUUCCGGGCGCAGGGCGAGAGCGAGUACCGCAACUGCGAGCUGGACAAGAACCAGCGCCAGUGCGUGGAGUACGCAUUGAAGGCACAGCCGCUGCGGCGGUACAUCCCGCACAACCGCAGCCAGCACCGCGUCUGGGCCAUGGUCAACUCCACCGCCUUCGAGUACAUCAUGUUCGUCCUCAUCCUCCUCAACACCAUCGCGCUGGCCGUGCAGCACUAUGAGCAGUCCAAGCCGUUCAACUACGUGAUGGAUCUGCUGAACAUGGUGUUCACCGGGCUCUUCACCGCCGAGAUGCUGCUCAAGAUCGUGGCCUUCAAACCACGGCACUACUUCUGCGACGCCUGGAACACGUUUGACGCGCUCAUCGUGGUGGGCAGCGUGGUGGACAUCGCUGUCACCGAGGUCAACAACGGGGGGCACGUCGGCGAGAGUUCCGAGGACAGUUCCCGCAUCUCCAUCACCUUUUUCCGCCUGUUCCGCGUGAUGCGGCUGGUGAAGCUGUUGUCCAAGGGCGAGGGGAUCCGCACGCUGCUCUGGACCUUCGUCAAGUCCUUCCAGGCGCUGCCCUACGUCGCCCUCCUCAUCGCCAUGAUCUUCUUCAUCUACGCCGUCAUCGGGAUGCAGACCUUUGGGAAGGUGGCGCUGCAGGAUGGGACCCAAAUCAACCGCAACAACAACUUCCAGACCUUCCCCCAGGCCGUGCUGCUGCUCUUCAGGUGCGCCACGGGGGAGGCGUGGCAGGAGGUGAUGCUGGCCAGCCUGCCGGGCAAGCGCUGUGACCCCGAGUCGGACGCGGGGCCGGGGGAGGAGUUCAGCUGCGGCAGCAACUUCGCCAUCGUCUACUUCAUCAGCUUCUUCAUGCUCUGCGCCUUCCUGAUCAUCAACCUCUUUGUGGCCGUCAUCAUGGACAACUUUGACUACCUGACGCGCGACUGGUCCAUCCUGGGCCCCCACCACCUGGACGAGUUCAAGCGCGUCUGGUCCGAGUACGACCCGGCCGCCAGGGGCCGCAUCAAGCACCUGGACGUGGUGACGCUGCUGCGGCGCAUCCAGCCCCCCCUGGGCUUCGGGAAGCUCUGCCCGCACCGCGUGGCCUGCAAGCGCCUGGUGGCCAUGAACAUGCCGCUCAACUCGGACGGCACCGUCACCUUCAACGCCACGCUGUUCGCCCUGGUGCGCACCUCCCUCCGCAUCAAGACGGAAGGGAACCUGGACGUGGCCAACAAGGAGCUGCGCGCGGUCAUCAAGAAGAUCUGGAAGCGGACCAAGCCCAAGCUGCUGGAUGAGGUCAUUCCCCCCCCCGAGGAGGAGGAGGUGACCGUGGGCAAGUUCUACGCCACGUUCCUGAUCCAGGACUAUUUCCGCAAGUUCCGGCGGCGGAAGGAGCGGGGGGCACUAGGGCCCAGCGCCCAGCCCAGCACCCAGAGCGCCCUGCAGGCCGGGCUGCAGUCGCUGCAGGCGCUGGGCCCCGAGAUGCGCCGGGCGCUGAGCGGAGACCUGGAGCUGGAGGACAACGACACCGGCCCCGCGGCCAAUGAGGAGGAGCGGCUGAGCUACGCCCCCCCAGAGACACUCUACAGCUCCGCCCCCAGCCCCCCCGGGGAGCCCCCCCAGGACACCCCCCCACCCACCGAGGGGAACGAAUCCGCCCCCCCGAACCACGAGAGCACCCGCAGAGACAGCAGGUACGGGGGGGACACACGCUAUGGGGGGACACACACUGUGGGGGGGCACUAUGGGGGGGAACACACACUUGUGGGGUGGGGGACACACGCUAUGGGGGGGAGACACACUAUGGGGGGAGGGACAACAUACUAUGGGGGGGGAGACACACUAUGGGGGGGACACACAUGCUAUGGGGGGGCCACACCUAAGGUGAGCUCACAAAGAGCCGCUGUGUUCCUGCGCAGGCGCCGCUCAGAGCUGGGGGGGCAGGACGAUCCCCCCCCCAGCCCCGGGCAGCCCGACGAGGAGCCGGAGCCCCCAGCCCCGCGGCACCGCCGGGGGGGGCACAGGGGGACCCUGCCCGCCCCCCACCCCCCGCGCUGGGCGGGGGAGGGGCCACGGGGGGGGUCGCUGCCGCUGCCCCCCCGGCACUUGCCGCUGCACAACGGGACCCUGGAGGGACAACAGCUCAAGAGGCGCCGGCUCCUGCCGCCCACCCCCGCGGGCCGCAAACCCUCCUUCACCAUCCAGUGCCUGCGGCGCCAGGGCAGCUGCGAGGACGAGCCCAUCCCGGGCACCUACAACCCCUCGGGCCCCCCCGGCCCCGCGCGGCCGCAGGGCUACGGCAGCUCCGAGACCUGGCGCCUGGGGGGCUCCUCGCACGCCUGGGCCGCCGCCCCCCCCCGCGGCCACGUGCUGUACGCGCCGCUCAUCCUGCUGGAGGGCGGGGGCGCGGGCGGGGGCGGCGGCGCCGGGGGGAGCCUCCCCCCGCUGUCCCGCUGGUUCCUGGGGGAGCAGCGCGGCGCCCCCGGGCCCCUCCGCCUGCGUGUCCCCUGCGGCCCCGGCGACGCGCUGGCCCGCGGCUCCGCGGACAGCCUGGUGGAAGCCGUUCUCAUCUCGGAAGGGCUGGGGCUGUUCGCCCGCGACCCCAAAUUCGUGGCGGUGGCCAAACGCGAGAUCGCGGACGCUUGCGACAUGACCAUGGACGAGAUGGAGAGCGCGGCCGCCGACCUGCUCACCCGCCGCCGCUCCAACGCCCCCGGCCCCGCUCCCGGCUCCGGUUCUGGCCCCGCUCCCUCCGCCGCCUCCGCCGCCGUUUACAGCGACGAGGAGCCGCUGCGCCCGCCGGCCGAGGACGAGCUGGCGGAUGAGAUGAGCUGUGUGGGCGGGGCCUGGGACCGCCACCAAUGAACGGGCAGGGUGGGUGUGGCCUAGGGCUAACCCCGCCCCCGAGCGGCAAGGAAUGAUUUACGUGGGCGUGGUCUGACACAAGCCACGCUCCCUACAGUAAACAUCCACCACCAAUAAAUGCUGUGUGGGCGGAGCCUAGGACUAGCCACGCCCCUGCUUUGCAAUGAAGCCCCAGCACGAAUGAAUGGGCUGUGUGGGUGUGGUCUCACACUAGCCACGCCCCCUACAGCAAACACCCACCACCAAUAAAUGCUGUGGGUGGAGCCUAGGACUAGCUCGCCCCACCCCCCCCCCGCAAGGAAUUCCCAGCACCAAUUAUUAGGCUGUGUGGGCGUGGCCUACGGCUAGCCCCGCCCCUCAUUUGCAAGGAAGCCCCAGCACCAAUGAAUGUGCUGUGUGGGCGUGGCCCGGCCCAGGCCCCGCCCGCC